AUGAAAAUUAUUUGUUUGUAUGGUAAAUUGGAUAUAUGUUAUAAUAAUUGGAUUUAUCGAACUCGUGUUGCGCCAGUGAAGCAUGAUUCAUCUCAACCAAAACCAACAGGUACAUUAUCGAUUUCUCCUCGUCCUAAAUCACCUGGAACGAUACAAAAACAAUCAUCUGUAGUACCACCCGAAGAUCCAACACAUAGAACAGUAAUAUCUGCUAUAGAAAUUCAUAAUGUUCUAACUGAACAAUCAAUAAAAAACGAUGUAACAAUCAAUAAUUCUAAUAAUAUGGCUUAA